GCCUUCAGUCGGCUACGUACUUGAACCUUUUCCUCUUUUCCUCUUGCUUUCAGCCUUCACUGUUUCUCUCUUGUUUUCAAGAGAGCAGAACAAGUAAAACGCAGGAAUGGCUACCCUGUUGAAAGAGCUACCUUCUUUUUCCGUUCUUCUCUCCGCUUAUGCCUCUAUCUCAGCCAUGGUCAUGCUAAUCCGCACAAUCUUAAAUGAAAUGGUUCCCAGACGGAUGAGAGACUACAUUGCCUCAAAAUUUUCCGAGCUGACAUCCACUUACUUCUCUUCAGAGUUCACCUUCUUUAUCGAAGACCGCUGGCAAGCUUCUGAUAACCAACUGUUUCGGGCUGCUGAGGUCUACUUGCCAACCAGAAUUGGCCCUUCCAGCGACAGUCUACUUGUAGGUUUCAACGACUCCAAUGAACCCACAGCACCACCCAAACGAAGCAUCCCUGUAAAUUGCACGAUCAUGGAUGAUUUUGAGGGGAUACGCUUGGAGUGGACUUUCUCUUCAAUUGAAACCAAAAAGUGCUACGUUCCCAAUAAGAGAUACUUCGCCGUGACCUGUAAGAAAAGCGCUAGAGAAAGAGUUGAGCAAAGGUACUUCACCUACAUUAGCAAAGAAGCACAAGUAAUUCUGAACAAGCGUGAGAGCCUCAGCAUUUACACAUAUGACCAAGACUGCUCCAUGUGGGAGUCCGCAGUUUUCAAGCACCCAGCAACAUUUGAGACACUGGCAAUCGAGCCAAAGCUUAAGCAAUUCAUAAUGGGUGAUCUUGAUUCAUUUGGGAAACGCAAGGAAUUUUUCGAAAAUGUUGGCAGGGCUUGGAAACGUGGGUACCUUUUGUAUGGUCCUCCAGGGACAGGAAAAUCAUCACUCGUUGCUGCAAUUGCAAAUUACUUGAGGUAUGAUAUAUAUGAUCUUCAGUUUCAAAGCGUUCGAAAGGAUGCUGAUCUUAGACGUAUACUCACAUCCACCACCAACGGGUCCAUUCUGCUCAUCGAGGACAUAGAUUGUAGCACAAAUGUAUCACGUGGUCGUGCCCAGGUCAAAGAAAAACCUGAGGAUGAAGAAGAUGAUAAACCCAAAAGUUCUUCUGCUAUCGAUCCUGGGGUAACCCUGUCAGGCUUACUCAAUUUCAUUGAUGGAUUGUGGUCGAGUUGUGGAAACGAACGAAUCAUAAUCUUUACCACAAAUCACAAAGAAAAGUUAGACCCAGCUCUGCUACGGCCAGGGCGUAUGGAUGUGCAUAUUUACAUGGGAUAUUGUACUCCAGCAGCAUUCAGAAAACUUUCAACUACAUAUCUUGGAAUCAAAGAAGCUGGAAUCAAAGAAGCCAAACUAUUCGGCUGCAUCGAUGAACUCAUUGAAAGUACUGAAGUUACUCCAGCUGAAGUUGCACAACAACUUAUGAUCUGUGAUGACCCUAAAACUGCACUCGAAGGUCUCAUAGACUUUCUCAACGUGAAGAAGAAGAAGAUAGAAGAGGGUGUAGUUGAAAAGGAGGAAAAGGUAGUUGAAAGACAAAAUUCAAAGCCUGCUGAGUCUGAAACAAGAUGCAUAUAUUUGACUUAGUUUAGCUUGUCGGGGAACUUAUUAGCUGCUAAAAAAUCUUGGGUAGAAACCAUAUUCUGUUGCUUCAUGGCAAGUGAUUUAUAUGUAACUUUUUCAAUAUGCCCACACCCAAAACUAGAACACUCAAGAUUUAUGCUUCACAGAUCAGAUCACAUCACAUGCAAUAAGAAGUUAGCUGGGUUGUUGGAAUGGAGUAUGAUCUAAUUAUGGCAAAUCAAAGAACUUUGAUCAUAAGAAAUACGUUCUUCUAAGGAAGAAACUCGUUUUCUGAUAUACGUCAUGAAGAAGACCCAAAUUGUUAGCAGAAGAAUAGUGAUCAACUUCAAUGCAACCACAAAUUUUAGCACCAUGCAAGCUAAAAGCCCACUGAAUAAGGUUAGAUUUAGCCCUGGUUAAUAUUAACAAUGACUCAACUAUAUCAUCAAGAAUGUAUCCUCCGGCAUUAAAAUUUGACAAUGUUCAUGGUUGAA